GCGACGACCCACGCGGGAUUCUAUCGGAGUGGAAAACGUGCGUCCUCAAUCACCCUCGUUCGCUCUCGCUAAGCUGAGGACUGAGUUCGAAGUCUCUCUCUUUGCUCCAAGCUUUCGUUCGUUGAGUCUGAUACCGAAUAGCCUCGCAGCGAAGGCUCUCCACUGCACUAUGAAAGCAGAUAAAGAUUUUUUAUACCGAGAUUAGCAAAGGGACAGACCGAGUGUUGUGAAUUUGAUGCCAAAUAUGGAUUCUCUCAUGGCGAUGCUGUUCGUCCUGGCGGCGGCAACGGCUAAUGAAGGAGGCCCACCGGUGAUCAAGGAGCACCCGAGCAGCGUGGUGGCGCGGCGCAACGACCCCGCCACCCUCAACUGCGCCGCCUCCGGAGCCACCCGCAUCCGCUGGUACCGCGACGGCGAGAAGGUGACGACGGCGGCGGAGGACCCGCGCUCCCACCGCGUCCUGCUGCCGUCGGGCUCGCUCUUCUUCCUGCGCGUGGCCACCUCCAAGAGGGACAGCGACGCCGGCACCUACUGGUGCGUGGCCUCCAACAGCCACGGCGCCACGCGCUCCCACAACGCCACCCUCACCGUGGCCACGCUCGCCUACGACUUCCAGAGCCAGGCCGACCCCGUGGUGAGGGCGCGCGUCGGGGACUCUGUCGUGCUGCCGUGCCGCCCGCCCAAGGGCUCUCCGCCCCCCGAGGUCACCUGGCUCAGGGACUCCCACGAGGUCACCAACUCCAGUCGGAUCUCCGUGUCUCAGGCGGGCGAUCUCGUCAUCAGUCAGGCCGUCGAGGAGGACUCGGCCUCCUACGUGUGUCGCGCCCGCAACGCCGCGGGCGCCCGGGAGUCCACGCCCACCAAGCUCACCAUCAUGACGCCGCCCUGGUUCGAGGAGCGUCCGGCGAACGUGACCGUCGCGUCGGGCGUGGUGGUGGAGCUGGCGUGCCGCGCCCGAGGCUCGCCCACGCCCACGGUCACCUGGCGGCGUCUCGACGGCAAGAUGCCGCUCGGCCGCGCUAUGAUCGAGGACCAACGGCUGGUGCUGGACCACGUGGCGGCUGCUGACUCCGGCGUGUACGUGUGCGAGGUGGAGAGCGAGGCGGGGAUCGCCGCGGCCCGGGCCACUCUCACCGUGAUCGACGCCCCCGAGUUCGCUCAGCGGCCGCAGGACGUCCAGGUGGUGGCUGGCAGAGCGCCAGGCUCUCGUGACAGGACAGCUCUGCUCGCCGCCGGCCAGAGCAGCGGCCACGCCUCCGUCGCCGACCAGGGCCAGACUCUCCUGCUCGGCGACGUCAGCACGCACGACAGCGGAGCCUACUACUGCUGGGGCGUCAGCAGCGGCGGCGGCGUCAGCGCCCGCUCGGAGGUGGUGGUCGUGGCGGCGUAUCCCCCUCCUGUGAUCGGCGUAGGACCCCAGGACCUCACGGUGUCCCCCGGGGGCGCUGCUACCUUCCCCUGCGAGGCCGUGAGUGAGGCCGCCUCGCCCUCCAUCUCCUGGAAGUACCGCCCGGCCGCCCACCUCCCCACCCGAGAGCUCAGCGAGGGUGGCAACGGCGGCCGAGUGUCCCUCCCGGCCAACGGCGCCCUCAUCCUGAAGGACGUCCGGGCCGACGACGCCGGCAUCUACAGCUGCCACAUCAGCGCGGACACCGGCAGCGUGGAGCAGGCGGCGGUCCUGCGGGUGGAGGACGGCGCCCAGGACGCGGGGCCGUUCCUGCUGCCGGCGCCGCCGUCCAAGCCGCGCCUCAUGGCCGUCAACCAGACCGCUGUGCACCUGAGCUGGCUGCCCAACUCCCAGAUGGGCGGAGGGUCCGACCAGACGUACACGGUGGAGUUCUGGCGCCAGGGCUGGGAGGAGUGGCGGGUGGCGGACGCCCUCAUCUCGCAGGAGUCGUGCGUGGUGGGCGGGCUGACGCCUGGCCACACCUACACCUUCCUGGUCCGUGCCGUCGACUCGCGAGGGGCGUCGUUCCCGAGUCCCUGGUCCGACCCGGUCACGACCCGCUCUCCCCGCGACCCGAGUCUCACGGAGGACGAGGUCCGUCACGUCCGCCGCCGCCUCUCGCGCCCCGCCGUCACGCUCACCGACGCCACAGUCACCGCCCCCGACAGCGUCCUUCUCGGCUGGGAGUUCCUCGCGCUGGCGGACGAGGCCGUCGAGGGCGUGCUCGUCUACGCCGUCAGCGACUCGGGCGCCGUGCAGGUGGCCACCGUGCUCGGCACGUCGUCGUCCUCCCACCUCCUGCACGAACUUCAUCCCAACUCCCACUACACCUUCUUCCUCGUCCCCUUCUGGCACAGCGUCGAGGGCACGCCAUCCAACUCCAUGUCGCUCAGAACUCCACAAGAUGUUCCACUGGUUGCUCCUAAGGACGUGCGCGUGAAGACCCGCGAGGAAGGAACUGUCCUUAUCACAUGGUCGACUCUGACGCCCGAGGAGGCUCGAGGCGAAGUCGUUGGCUACCAGGUCUCCUUCAACUACAACGGCAGCCGCACCAUAGAGACGGUGGCCAACCCCUGGCUCGAAGCCGAUGGCUUGAUGCCGGGUCGUCUCUACGCCGUCCGGGUCGCCGCUCUUACCGAGGUCGGACCUGGCCCCUUCACCUCGCCAGUGCUGAUGGACACUGGGCUCUCGCACAUUCACCCUCGUCGCCAAAACAACGAUGACAGCUCACCCUCUGUAUUAUACUCACCGCCGCAGCCUGCCUGGCUGAUUUACUUGCUGAUACCUGCGGUGUUGCUGAUGUCAAUUGCCACUUUGUUCUAUGUACGCCACCUGCGAGGAAAGUCCGCGGCCUCUAACCCAUCUCACACUCCGUCCAUAUACCAGGAUGCGUCCCUCUACUCUGCCCAUCACUCUAUCAACAUGUACAGCGAACAGAAGCUGUGGCGACCUUCCGACUACGACAGAGAGAUCAACGCGUCCUCCAAGAAACUACUGCAUCCGGAAUAUGAAUAUGCAGAGCCCAGGAUCCAGAAAAUCCACGAAACGACAGAGCCUUACGCUACCACGGCUCUGUUGGCCUCCUCCUCGCAAGGCUCGGGAUAUCGGAGUCCUUGGAUCCAUCAGAGUGACGACUCCGGAGUGCAGGUGAAUUGGACAGACUUCCUGCCUCCCCCGCCAGCCUGUCCUCCGCCGCGGGAUUUUGACUUGGGUGACUUGUCGAGGGGAAGAAAGAGCUACCUCGAGAAGGGGUCUCCGCUGUCGACGUCAAAAUACGAUAACAUGGACGAAUCAGAGCAGUAUGAGCGACCGUGUGACGUAGCGCCCACCCACUGCUACGCGGCUUACGGCCCGGUGUCGCAUACUGGCAACUGUGGCAAAUUCCCAACGUUCAACACACUCCAGGCGUUAGAAUACCGGAGAGUUCGCACGGAUUUCAGACCGCUGUAUCAGGCAGAUCCUCCUAGAAGCAACACGCAUUAAUAUUCUUUCUUAUUUAAUAGAGCAUUCUUUCUUCAGAAAUUGCUUUGCUGAUUUUGAUUCUGAUUAGCAAGAAUGUUAUUGAUACCAAAGUUCACACAUUUAGUACUUAAGAUUUCUGCAAUUUCGUAAAGAGUCGAGAAGUAUUGACGAGAUGGGGAUGAUCCAUCUUACCAGUGACGGCUUCCUACUGUUGAAGGUAGAAAGUUUUGUUUCAAAAUGGAUAUUAAAAGACUCUAAUAUAUACUUCUGGUUCUUUUUAGGGUCAUUCCAUAUAAAUGAUUCAAUGCAGUUGUUAAUAACAUGGAAGAAAGUGGAACGGCCAACUAUUAGGCGUAAAGAGCAAUCUUGCGGUUGCCGUAAGAUUACAUUUUCACAAAUUGUUAUGCUAAUAGCUAUAUGAUGGAUAGGACAUGAUAAUAAGCGAAACAAAGGGCGUUUCUCACAAUCACAGGAUACCCCGCUUUUAACACGGAAAAGCAGGGUAGGGUUCAUCUUUCCUGAUACAGUGUUCUCACUGUAGCUAUUGCUACAUAUAUUGCAUAACUGAAGUCUGCUGUUAUAUUUCCUAGAUUUGUA